AGAUUCAAUUAGUGAGAAAUAGUGGUCAAGUUAAAAAUUAGUGGUGGGGGUGUCUUGGUAUAACUUCAAAGACAACAACGAUGACGACGCAGACCAGGAGGAAGGCUUGCUUUCCAUUCGGAUUCUGUGAUUACUUCUUCUGCACGGCAGUCCUUUCUCGGUCGUCUCUUUAGUCGGUGGUCUCAUGCAAAUAAAUUGUCCGUUCUUUAGUCGAUACACGUUGUCUUGUCGUGGUCGUGCCAGGGGUCAUUUAUGUUUACCAAAUAUUGGUUAUUACGAAUAAUAUAAAUAUCUGUGUUCGCCUUCCAUUCGAUCUCCACCUUGAUACAACGUUCUGUAUAUCUCGCGAAAUUCAUUCGGUUGCCGUCAAUUUCUCUGUCAACAGUGAAUUUGAAAAAUUAAGUGAAAAAUCUUGAAUCCAUUUUACAACGACAUGGAAUAUACAAAGAUUUCUCUCUCGUGCUUAUUUUUAUUAUUACUAUUCACCACGCUUUGCGCGUCGAUCGAAGUAAGUUCAAGAGAUGUGAUAACGAUGAGGGAAACAUUGCCAGUGUACGCGAUCACGGAAUACAUCGAUUCUCUGAAUUCGAGCAGAUGCCGGAGUGAAAUGGAGCAAUUUCGCAAAGCGAUAGAUCACAAUGUGCUGUGGGGUUUAAGAAUGUUGGAUGCCAGCGGAGUGCCACCCUGGGGAUUCACAAACGGGAAUAAUUUCUGGCUGGGUGGCAAAAGUGAUUGCAAUUACCUAUCCAACAAUUACACGCUCUCCCUGUCGCAAAAAAUUCAAAAGAACAAUUCGUUGUAUCGAAAUUCCAACGAGGAACAUCCACCGUACGAGCUUCAUUUUUUUGCCGCCCGUAUGAGACACAACAGUACUGUACAAUAUCACAUAGAAUUAGCGAAGGAAGACAUAGUGACACUUGGACUUUGCUUACCGGCAUCCUGUACUAAAACUGACAUAGCCACGAUGAUGGAUAAGGUAUUACGUAAUGAAACUCUCUUGAUUGGACACCUCUUUUCCAUAGGUUUAACACUGGUCGAAAUCACUGAUCUCAGAAACGAUCAUGAAUGGCUUCUUGAAUGGAAUAUAAUAUUCAUCAUAAUCGUAUUGUUUCUGAUAUGUUGUACAUCAAUAUUUUGCACAGCAUACGAUGCUCUCGUCUAUCAAAAAGGUUUAAAAAACAAGAAAGAGUUAAUUUCCUUUGAGAAUAACAAUGUAUCCGAAUUGAAAAACGAUGAAGAAAAAGGCGAAAAUCAUUGUCAUGAAUUGGUAACGACCGAGUUGAAACCGCAGAGUAAAAUAGUACAAUUUAUUCUCUGUUUCUCGUGGUUUACAACUCUUAAGCAAAUAUUUCAAAUGGAAGUCGGUUAUGAAGAUAUGCGUUUAUUUCACGGUAUGAAAUUUUUUGGAAUGGUAUGGAUCAUACUGGUGCAUGCGCUUUAUUACGCGCAUCAUGCUAUAGCUAAUAAAAUAAUCGCAUUUCGGAUGACUGACGAAUUCUUCACGCAAAUAUUAAGCAAUGCGACACUUUCGGUGGAUACCUUUUUCUUUACCGGUGGCUUUCUAUUGACGUACACAUAUUUAAAGUCACAAGGAAACAAAAAGAAAACGUUCGGUGAAUCCGUGACGCAAAUUAUACAAGGGGUCAUUAAACGAUACAUUAGACUUACACCCGGAUAUCUCGUCGUGGUUAUGAUUUUAAUAUUAAAUUUUACUUGGUUGGAAAAAGUUUCGUUGAUUCCGUCCAGCGAAAAAAUACACGUUACAUGUACAAAAUAUUGGUGGAGGAACAUACUUUAUAUCAACAACUUCUUUUCAUGGAAUGAACAAUGUCUCAGUUGGAGUUGGUAUAUGCCCAAUGAUAUGCAUUUCUUUAUUUUUGGUUCAAUUAUUUUAACAUUAAUGAAAACACAUUACAAUAUCGCAUUGAGCUUAGGUGCUAUUACAAUGGUUUUAUCGGUAUUUACAUCCGGUUAUCUGACUUACACUUAUAAUUAUAUACCUGCGUUGAACGAACAAUAUGAAAUGUUAACAUAUUUUUAUUUACGUCCGUGGACAAGAGUUCCACCAUAUUUGAUAGGAAUGGGUACAUGUCUGCUUCUUACAAAGUGGAAUUAUAAAUUACAUUAUCAAAAGAAAACAUUAUUCGUUUGUUGGAUUUUAGCAAUUUUGUGCAAUUGUUCAAUUUUAUUCGGUCUUACAAACAAAAAUUUAUCUCUCGGUGUAUCUAUUCUUUAUACGGCUUUAAGCAGAACAGCCUGGGCCUUUGGUGUAGCUUGGUUUGUAAUUGCAUGCUGCACGAAUAAUUGUGAUUUGAUAAGUAAAUUUUUAUCCAGUAAAGUAUUCUUCCCUAUGAGCAGAUUAACUUAUAGUUGUUAUCUGCUAAAUCCUGCAAUUGUACUUUCAUUAUAUUCGAUUUCGUCCUAUCCCUUUUACGUUGAUUACGUCACAAUUAGUGGUAUAUUCCUAGUAGCACUAUUAUUUACUUACAGUGCUGCUAUAAUAUUAAGUGCAUCAACAGAAGCGCCGUUUAUACUGCUCCUUCGUUUAAUCUUACAAUCGAAAAAAAAAGAAACAAAAUGAAUAUAUAAAGAUACACAUUCCUAUAAAAGUUUUAAUUGAUAAAUCUGAAAAAAAUCAUUCGUAUAGAACGUUUAGAGAUGUUUAAUAAUGUUUAAUAUUGGGAAGAAGGAUCAAUCUGAAGAAUCAUUUGCGCAAAAAUUAUAAACGUUUUCUUUUUAUCAACGAGUAUUUUGUACAUAGCGAGCAAAAAAAAAA